UAAUCACGUUUUUCUCACUGUUUCGCGAUCUUUUUCUGGGACCCUCUUCUUCGGAUUGAGUUCCAUACUAAAAAUGAGCUUAUCAAACACCAUGAGUUCACGGAUAGCAUCCCCGUAGAGUUUGUGCUCUGCGUACCUCCAAUUUGGACGCCAAAAGCUACCAGAAGAAUGCAAAAGAAUAUGGAAAGAGCCAUGCGCGAGUCUGGUCUCGGAAGGGUGGAGAAUGACAGCGUGGAUAAUCUAUUUAUCGUCUCCGAACCCGAAGCUGCAGCUGCUUAUAUGCUUGCCAGCGGGACUACUCCAAUGAUAACCGGAGAGACAUUCGUUCUCAUUGAUGCUGGUGGGGGUACGGUCGAUACCAUAACAUAUACUAUUGGGAAAAGUUGCCCCUUAAAAGUAAAGGCGGAGGGUGUUGAAGCUGGUGGCGAUCUCUGUGGCUCUAGCUAUUUGAAUGAGGCGCUCCGGGAACAUCUGAGUGCCAGACUUCGAGGCGAAGAUUACCUUGAGGUCAAUCGCUCCACAAUUGAAGGUAUUAUAGAUAAGUUGUUAGUCAGAUUUGAAAAUGAUGUGAAAAGAAAUGUCGAUGUGGCGGCAGACAACGUUCCAACAGUAUGGAUUGACAUACCUGGCUCAAGAGCGAAUAAAAACCCGGACAAGCGAUUCCUCAACAAUCGACUCAAGAUGGGAUGUGCUGACCUAAAGAAAAUCUUCGACCCGCUUUUGGAGAGGGUUGCAGUCUUGAUGAAAGCCCAAUUAGAUGGCGCAAAAGAGAAAGGGUUAACCGUGAGUGAUCCUCAUUGGAGGCUUCGGGGAAUCUCCUUCCCUUUGAACCUAUCUAAAAAAAACAACUCGCAGCAAUACGCAAUUACCGCAACGAUGAGAUUAAACUAGUUUUCCCAUCAGCUCCAAGCGAAACCACUGUUUCCUCGGGGGCAGUACUCCGGGCUUUGAAUAAGAAAGGCGGCCCACAGCGUAUCAGCCGAUCUAGCUAUGGAUUCCUGUGUACCGAAGAACAUGAACCGGAUCAAUUUCCUGCGUAUAGAGGGAUACGCCCAUACUUUGAGCCUUUAGAUGGUAGAAAAUACCUGAAAUAUACCAUCUACUGGCUCAUCAACAAGGUCAAUAUCUAUGUUUGCGACAGACCAGGGCCAAUCAGACAAUUUGCUUACACCAUUUUUAAGGCGACGAGAUUCCUACAGAUAAAGAUUAUCGUUUACAAGUUUUUUGUAUCUUUGAUGCAAGAGAAGGCACACGAUUCGAGUGUAAAGAGAGCAACAGUGGUCGGUAUCAUUGAAACAGAUAUGACUUUUCUGAAGGAGCAGAAUCUUAUUCAACCGAUAGAACCAGAAGAAGGCGUAAGAGCAAAGAGACACUACAAAGUCGAGUAUGAACUUGUUAUGAUCGUGAACGAUCGUAACAUGAGAUGGGAGGCACGAUAUCCUGCCGGAGGGGAAGUGCAGGGCAGAGGACAAAUUUCUAUUGCAGCAGCAUUUGUCCCUGGUACUAAGUGA